ACCUAUCCAAGAUGGCAACCUCAAACCACUCUAUAUCUCUAGUUCUCAACAAAUCGGAUUGUUUCUUAUUACUGUGGGUUCUGAAGAACUUGCAUAAUACCCACGUGACAAGAAUGUCGGCAAGACAGAACCUUGGACAGACAGUUAAAAAUAAAGGAGUAGGAGGCCGUGGACGUCCCAGAAAAUCCCAGCCUAUUGUGGAAAAUCUGACUCAAGUACAAAAAGAUCUUCUCAACGAAGAGAAUCAGAUGCUGCUCGAUGAGUCUUCUGGUCAGGCCUCACAGGCCAAUGAGAUUCAUACUUUAGAUGAGCCCCCGGAUCAACUUCUUACUGCAGAUGGUACAGAAUGGCUGGUAGUGGAUUCAGGAAAUAAAUUCAGGAAUGAAAAAAAUGUGGAGCAAUAGAAGUGAAUACAGAAAAAAGUAUUUUGUA